AUGGUUCCUCACACCGGAGUAAUCGUGCCGGAUUAUGAUGAUCUACCGUACAACGAAGAGGCCCAAACACGGUCAGCCUGGGGCAUCUUCGACAAGGAUGGGCAAAAAGACCAUCUGCGAGCGCUGAAUCACCUCACGCCCGAGACCAAGACUGCCGCCGCCAGAGAAGUCGUGGCUGGCCUCUCUUUCCAGUUGGAUUGGUGCUCUAGUGAACUGGGUCCGCGGGCAUAUGGCCGAAAGGGGGUCGAACAUACUUACAUUGACCACUUGCCCACGGUAGGACUCGUCGGGCAUGAUGAUGAAGUCUCGUUCAACACCCAGUCUGGAUCACAGUGGGAUGGGUUCUUGCAUUACGGCCAUCAGAAGACCCGCACUUACUAUAACGGUAUCAAGCACGACGAUGACGUUGAAGUCCAAAAGGCAGACUUAGGCAUCCACCACUGGUGCAAGCAGGGAAUUUUUGGCCGGGGUGUCCUCAUCGACUGGGCUCGCUGGCGGGAACAACGAGGCGAACCUGCCAUUGUUCCCGUCACCGCCUACGGCAUUACCGUCGACGACCUCGAACAAGUCCGAGAAUGGGCCGGGGUGAUUUUCCGCCCCGGAGAUAUCCUCAUCAUCCGGACUGGCUUGGUCAAGUGGUAUCGUGAUACCCCUGAGCCCGCGCGUUCUGAGGGGCUCGCCGGCCCCAAUCAACUUGGCGUGCGGGCUGGAGAGGCUGCGAGGCGAUGGAUAUGGAACAACCGGUUCGCGGCGGUCGCAGGCGACGGGUUGACCUUUGAAGAAUUUCCACCCCCUUCGGAUGGCAGUAUGCUGCAUAACUGGCUCUUGCCGCACGCGGGAAUCCCGAUAGGAGAGCUCUGGAAUCUCGAGGAAUUGAGCGUCGCCUGUGCUCGACUCAAUAAAUGGACGUUUGCUCUGGCCCCAGCCCCGCUGAACAUCAUGGGUGGCGUAGGCUCACCUCCAAAUGCGAUUGCAAUACUUUAA